CGGGAUGCUGUUGUAUUAAAGGAGCCAUCUGCCCUUCUCCUGCGGAGAUGCCAGCUGUUGAGGGGGAGAAACUAAUGUAAAUGCAGAUGACCAUGCAGAAUGCAGUUCAGGUGUGGUUUGGAGAUGACCUUCCUUUAAGUCCACGAAGUCCUCUGACUCCCAGGCAUGGCCCAGGUUUGGCAGAUGUGUGCCUAUAUGACGAGUGGAUAUCUGUGCGGCAUGAAGCAACUUUGGUGCCUAUGCAAGAAGAUCUAUCAAUCUGGCUUUCUGGCCUCUUGGGAGUACAAGUCACAGCUGAACAACUGCUGGAAGAACUUGAUAAUGGAGUACUGCUUUGCCAAUUGGUUGGUGUUCUUCAGAACACAAUUAAAAAAUGUUGCAGCUCAAAUAACUUAAGGAAUUUUCCUAUGAGAAAAGUCCCAUGCAAGAAGGAUGCUCCAUCAGGAUCUUUCUUUGCUAGAGAUAAUACUGCCAACUUUCUGAACUGGUGUAGGUCCGUUGGAGUUGAUGAAACUUAUCUCUUUGAAUCUGAAGGUUUAGUUCUGCACAAGGAUCCAAGACAAGUGUAUCUCUGUCUGCUGGAAAUUGGUCGCAUUGUAUCCAGGUAUGGAGUUGAACCUCCUGUGCUAGUAAAACUGGAGAAGGAAAUUGAGCUAGAAGAAACACUGCUAAUGACCUCUGGACCAGCAUUGCCUGUUAGCACAGCAAAGUCAUGUCACCAUGGAGAGCUACAUGAGGCAGUUAAGCAUAUAGCAGAAGAUCCUCCCUGCAGUUGUUCCCAUCGAUUUUCAAUUGAAUACUUAUCUGAAGGACGUUAUAGACUGGGGGAUAAAAUACUGUUCAUACGAAUGCUACAUGGCAAGCAUGUGAUGGUACGUGUUGGUGGAGGCUGGGACACUCUUCAAGGUUUUCUGCUUAAAUAUGAUCCGUGCCGAGUUCUUCAAUUCGCAACUCUGGAACAAAAAAUCCUGGCGUUUCAGAAAGGGGUCACCAACGAUAGCGCCCCCAACUCCUCAACUAGAAGUCAGCAACCUCCUCCCAUGAAUCCUAUGUCAGCAAUUAAGAUGUUUCAAAAGCAGCCAUCAAAACCCCCUACUCCUGUUUCAGCUCUAAAGGCUGUGCAUGGGGCCGAUGGCAAGAAGGCUUUAUUUAAACGUCCUCAGUCCCCUACCCUGGCAUCACCAAAAGUACCGUCACACCCACCCUCUACAGCCAAACCAUUGUCAGUUAGGUCCAAAUUACAAGGGACUUCAGUGACAGGCAUGCAGUCUCCGUUCAAACCAGUAAUGGGCACCUCAAAGGAACUGGAGUCUCCUGCACACAAUUCACCAGGUUCUGCUCCUUCACGUCCUGUGCAGCAUGUAAACAAGGGUCCUGCAGGAUCAAGAACAGCCCUUGUUCACUCUGAAACACUGCGCAAACGUAUUCGGUCCCCUGAUGCUCCAAAGGUGAAAUUUGCACUGGCCCAGAAGUCGCCAGGAACAGGGCUACAGUCUACCCUCUCGUCCUCCACGAAACAGCUGUCUCAGCUGCCUGGAACAAAUGAAACGAUAGCUUCAAAACAGAAGUGUGUCCCUUCUAAAUGCAAAUCUGUAUCUAGCACUACAACCAAAGCUAAUUCUGUUGCUCCAAAGCCUGCACGGCCACCCAUUACAAAUCUGCGUACCGUUGCCAAAUUUGCGCGUUCUCAGCAACUCCUUGCAAAACCUCCUUCUGAAAAAAAUAUUCAGACUUCAGGGACUGGGUCUCAACAUCCUCGGAAAGCUCCACAAACAGCUUCUGUCCAGGGAAGGAACCUUAAAACUGCUUCAGUCCUAAAACACUCAGCUUCUGCACCUUCCCUUGCAGUUACUAAAGCAUCAAAGUCACCACCUACACUGGGAUCUGCAAGCAAAAAUGUGUCUUCAGCUGCCAAUGAGCAGACAGCCGCAGAGCAUUUACAGGCCAAAAAUGUCAGUAAAAGCCUUCAGGCUGGACCCACUUCAUCGAAACCUCCUGAACGCACUCCAUUAUCUGUUGUAAGGCUUCCUCAAACUACAGCCAAAGUGGCAACGACCAAAAAGCCAGCGCAGCCUUCUGCAAAAAGUCAGCCUUCAACUAAAAACUUGCAAGCAAAUGAAACUUUUGUCCCAGCAACCAAGAAGGCUCUCUCUAAAGGAAAAUUAGCAACAGCAUGUAACAAAGGGAUCCCUGGUGUAUCAAAAGGUCCUCUUACAAAGAGCAGGCAAGAUGAUCACUAUUUUGUUAUGACAGGGAGUAAAAAGCCCAGAAAGUAAAAUAUCUGCUACCUUUUUGUGGAAGUUUUAAUUUCUUGCGGAUGUGCCUCUUGUAUCUGCUACACAGAGGAGGCGGAAAAUAACAUUAAAUAACGCUACAUUUAACAUAUGAAUGUUAGGUAUAAUGUACGUCUUGUUGCGUAACUUACAGUAAGAACUGUAUGUAUUUUGUGGUUUAAAAACUUCUAUUUUCAUGUAUUUAGAAAUAAGCUUGCCUGUUGUUCAGCACUGUGUAAUACAGCAAGUACCUAUUUGCUGCUAGCCUGACCUGGUGUGGGAAAGGGCAGGAGAGAGGAGAGGGGAAAUAGGGCUGCUGCUCUUGCUGCUGUUGCUCGUUUUGGAGGGAGCUAAGUCUAUUCCAGAAGUAGAAUAGACUGGGGCAGAGAACAGAAGUAGAAUAGACCUGGGGCAGAGCCUGAGUGAUUCUGGUUCUGGCACAUCUGUUUGAGGCUAGCGGCAAGUGACAGAGCUGGGCACAUGCUAUACAAGCCCUAGUACCUCAAAUAAAACUAUGUUUUUGUUUACCAGUGUUCCAGACCCAAAUUUGGGUCACUUGCAUGUUUUUAAAAAGUGAAAGAAAUCUCUAGUCCUCUUUAGAUCUGACAGCUGCAUUUAUGAGUUUUUACUGUGUCCCCUAUAAUAAGCCUUAAAGUGGCCUCAAAGUUUACUCAGAAAUGGAGCUUCUUUGUUUUGCAUCAUGGAGAUGGACAUGGAGUAUCAUGGCCUUGAUGUCUAUCUCUUUUUGUGCCUUAGUCUCCCAAGUCCAUGGCAGAUCUCUUCAAUGAGCAUGCUACUUUUAAAACCCCGGGCAGAUAACUUCACUUAGUUUGUGUUCAAGUGUGACUGCAAGAGAGUCUGGUCCUUCCCAGAAAGCUCCUGCAGAGCAGAGAGAAGCACCGAGAUGCUGGGAGAGCAUUUUCCCCUGGGAUGGAGCCCCAGAGCGACUCCUGCUCCUGCCGUACAGGGCUGCGAAUACCAACCUGUGCAGGCAGGGCCUCACUGCUCUGCAGGAGUGGUCUUUGUAUGUAAAACUGAAUCCCUAAAAGACUUCUCAGUGCUAGAAGCCGAUUCUGCGAGCAGUGGCCUUUUUUGUUUUGCUUAUAGACACCUUAUUUAUGGCUCUCUCGUGUUACCUUUUUGGAGGUGAGGAGUAGUUAGUUUCCCAAAGAGCUGAAGAGCAGGGACUACAUUUGCCCUAAAACACAUUAAAGUGCCAGAAAACUAUGCGCUGUUUACAUGCACAACUCCUGAAGGCUUUCAGUGGGUUUAACAUCUGUGGUGCUCAACCCUUAACUAAUGCUCUGCACAGAAGUGAGUUUCAUGGUGAAUAAAAACUGUUGUCCUCUCACCAUCAUGGGGGGGCGGGGGGAGCGUUAUUUGAGAUAAUUCAGGUUUAGCGAAAGGUUAGUCCUACAAACACUGAGGAACUCUCAAGUUCUAUGAAGAGACACUGCUGCCUUCCAGAAACUGGUAUUUUUUCUCUCCGUUCCCAGGUUAUUUACUUAUGGGCAGAAGAGACAAAUGGAAACUGCGGCUUCUGGCAUUGUGUGUUUAAUAUUUUUCCCAGAACUAGAGUAAACAAUCAUCAUAAACUAAUAAUGAGUUCUUAUUUGCAGUGGCAAAUUUGCAUAACUACCUUUCUGAGCACCUUGUUAGCUUUGUUUAUUUAUGAUUCUAUUUAUGCAUAUCUACUGUACAAUACCAGUUACAACCUGCUGGGAGUAAACUGUAAAUAACAAUAUCCAAAAUAUAGGGAAGGAAAACAGACCUGUUUUAAUAAUGUGGACACAAGUCCCACAAGCUCACAUACAAAAUUGUGUGUUUGGGUGAGGUCUUAUCACUUAUUUGUCUUCUAUAUACACUAGUCAAAAUCACUACUGUAAACGUUAAGAAUAGUAUUGACUGUAGUGGAAUGCUUUCAUGUUUGGUAAACUUGGCACAUGGUCUCAUACACUGAAAGCGUUUUAUAGUAGAUGACUUGCUUUCGAUUUCUAAAUAGGGAGCUCCAUAUCUCAUGCAGAUUAAUGACUGAAUUCUUGGGGUUUCUUUCUGAUCUGUUUACAAGCUUUUUAGUAGUACUUUAAAAACUGAGACAUUGGAUUCCACUGUAAUGCUAUCUUGGCCUCUAAUUUCUUGAAAAAUGACUUCAGAGAAAAGGACAUGGAAGGCUUCAUCUUUGUGAUCAUUAUAUCAUAUAAUAGACUGGAUUUUACACUUUAAAAUGAAAUAUAAAAAGUGUAAGCUGGGAAACUGGCAGUGAAGAAAGCAAAAAAUUCCUUUUCAUAAUUGGAACCUUAAGCAGGAACCUAAGGAUGGUUCAACUGUUGUUAUGUGGGUGGGCUUGUUUUGGUUUUGUUUUAAUACAGAAAAUAUAUUCAAACAUGGUCUAACUUCUGGAAAUAUUGCCGUCUCCAGCUUUAUAGCCAUAUGCUAACUAAGGCUAUCGUGUGGAAAUGAGGUGAGCCAAUGAUUAAAAUGGAACUAAAUACCUCUUAAUCAGAAUAUGUAAUCUUUUUUGCAAAGUUUACAUUGCCAAGUAGCGAGACUAAUCUUCAACUUGUAUUAUUUUUGUGAGGGAAAGAUAACUUGGAGCAAGAAUCUGAAUUCUCCAUGUGAUAUUGAUGUC